UCUGAAUCCAGUUUUUGGAAAACCUCAGUAUUAUAUUUUUGAUUUUUGAUUUAAAAAAAAAAAAAAAAAAAAAAAACUUUUCUCCUGGUAUUUAAAUCUUACAUUUUGCGGAAUGAACCUCACGGGCCGUGUCUUUUGCAAGAACUGAGAGAAUGGCGGGUGUUGGCGGCGGCGGGAAGGGAAAGAGGGAUGAAAGCGGGAUCGGCACCGCCAUCGACUUUGUGCUUUCUAAUGCCAAGGUGGUGCUGGGGGUCGGAGGAGCAGCCAUGCUAGGCAUCGCCACACUGGCAGUUAAAAGAAUGUACGACCGUGCCUUAAGUGCCCCCACCAGCCCAACCAAAGUGGAGCAGCCUGGGCAGAGGAGCUGGGAGGAGCCGAGCUGGCUGGGGUCCUCUCCCCGCUUACUGAGCGCUGACAUGAAGGCCACAGUGAGCCAGUCUCUGCAGUCCCUGCCCACUUCCUCCGGCGCCUCAGAACCAGGCUGCAUGCGGCGAGCAAAGGGGCGUGGCGUGGUUGCGCAGGAGGAGCUGCGUCGCGCGCGGAAGCGCCUCUCCCUGCAGGAGCAGCUGUGGGCGUUUUUCCGCCAGCGAGUGUGCAUCCCGGGGGAGGAGCAGGCCAGCGCCCGCCGGGCCGCCCUGGACAUCUGCGCCGAGCUCCGGGUCUUCCUGCACGCCAAGCUGCCCGACAUGCCCCUGAGGGAGAUGUACCUGAGCGGGAGUCUCUACGACGACCUGCAGGUGGUGACGGCUGACCACGCCCAGCUGAUGGUGCCGCUGGUCCUGGAGAAGAACCUGUGGUCUCCGGUGCCCGGGGAGGACACCAUCAUGAAGGCCCCGGGGUUCUGGCUGGUGCGCCGGGAGAACCUGGAGUACUUCCCCCGGGGGAGCAGCUACUGGGACCGCUGCGUGGUGGGGGGGUACCUGUCCGCGAAGGCCGUGCUGGAGCUGUUUGAGAAGCUGGUGGCCGGCUCCAUGAACUGGCCGGCCAUCGGGAGCGUGCUGGACUACGUGAUCCGGCCGGUGGUGCCCUCGCAGUCGCUCACCCUGGAGGUGCAGUACGAGGCCGACCGCCGGCUGUACGUGGACUUCCUCCCGCUGCUCGCCCUGGAGGACGGCGUCUCGCUGGUGGCCAAGCCCCACCGCUGGGCCGAGCGCCACGAGAGCCUGUGGCGGCAGAGCGUGCGCGCGGAGCAGACGGCGCGGCUGCGGGCGCUGGACCAGGGCGACGGCGGCUGCCGCUGCCUGUGCCUGAGGGUGGCCAAGGCCGUGUGCAAGCUGGACCCCGCCCUCGCGCGCCUGUCCUCCGGCCAGCUGACCAGCGCCCUGCUGCUGCUCAGCGAGAGCCAGGGGGACUGGGCCCAGGAGGCGCUGGCCGACCGCUUCCUGCAGCUGCUGCGCGCCUUGGUGGGACACCUAGAGGCCGGGAGGCUACCCUGCGCCCUCUACCCCAAAAUCGACCUGUUCUGUGAGCUCACCCCUGAGGAGGUAGACGAGCUGGGAUACACCCUCUACUGCGCUCUGUCUAAUCCCGAGGGCCUCCUGAGGAUUGCCUGAUCCAGUUCCUCAUCUCGGCGUGCUCAGGGACCAAUAGGAAGAGAUGUUGACAGGCUAGCUCCUCCCAUUUCUGUGAGUCAUGACCCUCUCAGACAGGCUAGCUCCUCCCACUUCAGUGAUAUGAAUGUCAUCUCAUGCCAUUGUGCUCAGCUCAGUGCCUUCUCAAUUUUUGAACUCCAUUCCCCUGUGGUUUUUCUGUAAUGCAGGACAAGUGUAGUAAGGAUAUUGCUGAAUUUCCACGCCAUAUCCCACCUAAAAAUCAGCUGCAUCCAAAAUCGGGUAACCCUGAAGCAUUUUAAACUGUGCACACUAAAAGAAACUUGUUAAAAGUAUUGGCUUUUGGUAUCACAUAAUCACACGAUUCUGCUAUCUGCCAAGGGGCAAGAAAUAUCUUGGUGGUUCUUCUCUUCCACCCCAUACACAUGUGUAUGCAUAGCUAAGUUUGAAGAGCUUAUUCAUUAACUUCUGUGUGUGCUCUGAUACUGCAUACCAAAAUAAAUUCUCUUAUUGAAUUCUGUUAUUAGGGACAAAAUAAAAUUGUUGGCAUUGAGAAGAAUAAAAAUAUGUGUUUAAAAGUAUUGAUAAAGCAGAGAGAACAGCAAGCUGUGUAACAGUCGGGCAUGAGAAAGAAUGGUUCAUGCUUAUGUCCAGUCGUAAUGAAUGAUUUGACUGUUUGGUAGUGCUUUAGAAAAUGUGUAAAAAAGAAUCCUACUGGAUAUGUUGUAUGUACGUGCUCUGAGUGUGUUAAAUUGUGAUAGUACUGUUUGUACAGUUGGAUUGCGUAUCGCUGCUGGUUUCUGCUGAAAGGAAAUUCUGAUUUACAGCAGAGACGAAACUUGGCGUAAAACAAAAAUAUCUGUGAAUAAAUAUAGGCCUUUCCCAUGUUACGUAAAGAACUGAGUCAUGUCCACAGAGCUUUGUAUCUCACUUGGUUCCAAAAUUUAGACAGCAGUGGCGGUCGUGUAGACUAAUCCACGUGUACUUGGCUAUGUCGUACUGAGUGUUUAGCUUUUCGUGGCAAAGUGAAAACGGAUUUUCACUCGGUUCUUGGUACUCUGGCGUGCAUUUUCUCUUAUGUUAUGGGCAGCCACAUUCCGAAAAACCCCACCUCGGGCAUGUCCUCUGACUGUCACGGUCUCUUAGGCACUAGAGCAGAUGGGUGUAUGUAAUGGUUCCAGUGCAGUGCUCAUGUGGAGUUCUGUAUCGGCACCCAACACUGGUGUGUGAUGAGCUAAGGAAUAGCUAUGGGGUCACAUCUGUUGUGCUGUAUGAGCUGGUCUUUUGUCGCUAAUUCAUGCCAUAUGUUUUUAAUUUUGAGUUACACACACUUGGCCCUACUCUCCUUGCCAAGUCUACCUUUUAAGUUGUGCACUGUAAGGAAGAAUGAUUGCUCUGCUUGUUAACUUGAAGCGUUUGUAAGAGUUAGUUGCAUUAUGAAGUGGUAACUGGGCAACACCCUUCUGACUCGUACAGAAGGUAGGGUUCAGUCAUUUUUUCAAAAAGGGAACAUCCAAAGUUUCUCGUAAAUGCUGUAAUGUUCUAAUUCUGGGGAAGAGAGUUCUUCACAUAUGGGCCUAUGCUUCACCGGUGGGUGGAGCAAGGUUUUGGGCAAUGCCGAAGAUCUGCAUAUUUGUGUGUAAACACUAAAUAUUUUUGUACCAUAUAACUCAAAGAAGUAUCAGAGAAUAUUUAUGUUUGAUAUACAGCCACACACACCAGGCAUACCCUUGUUCAAAUAAAGAAUACCUCCUUA